CGCAACACUCUCAUUUGUUUCCCUUCUCUCUCACAGCCACAACACCACCAAACCCUUUUCCCUCUCUUCUUCUUCUUCUUCGUCUUCGCUUCACCCUUCCCCAAAUCCCCACCUCUCUGCUCUGCAAUCACCAAUUCGUAUCGAGUGUGUGUGAGAGAGAGCGAGAUUGGUUCAGAGAGAGAAAGGGAAAUGGAUUCGGAUCAGGGCAAGCUUUUCAUCGGUGGGAUUUCAUGGGACACGAAUGAGGACAAGCUCAAAGAGCAUUUCAGCAACUAUGGUGAUGUUUUGAACACUUCUGUCAUGAGGGAGAAGAACACUGGAAAACCUAGAGGAUUUGGGUUCGUCGUGUUUUCAGAUCCUGCUGUUCUCGAUGCUGUUCUUGAAGACAAGCACGUUAUCGAUGGGAGAACGGUUGAUGCCAAGAGGGCAUUCUCAAGAGAGGAUCAACAGAUUUCUGUCACUUCCAGAGCUGGAAAUCCUAAUUCUGGUAUGAAUUCUGGAAAUGGUGGUAAUGUUAGGACCAAAAAGAUAUUUGUUGGAGGGUUGCCCCCGACCCUGACUGAAGAAAAAUUCCGUCAGUACUUUGAGUCUUAUGGACAUGUAACUGAUGUAGUAGUGAUGUAUGAUCAGAAUACUGGGCGACCACGAGGAUUUGGCUUUAUUUCAUUUGAUAAUGAGGAUGCGGUUGAUAGGGUUUUGCACAAGUCAUUUCAUGAUUUAAAUGGUAAACAGGUAGAGGUAAAGCGUGCACUUCCCAAGGAUGCUAAUCCUGGUGCAAGUGGCCGUAUGAUGGGUGGUGCUGGAGGUGGUGGUGCUGGAAUUGGUGGGUAUCAAGGGUAUGGGGCUUCUGGUGGCAGCCAAAAUGCAUAUGAUGGUCGUAUGGAUUCUAGUAGGUAUAUGCAGCCUCAAAGUGCUGCCGGUGGAUUCCCACCUUAUGGUUCUUCUGCCUAUAGUGCUCCUGGAUAUGGGUAUGGUUCAGCUAACAAUGGUAUUGGUUAUGGUGCAUAUGGAAGUUAUGGUGGCGCCACUGCUGGGUAUGGUGGACCUGCUGCUGCAACUUAUGGGAACCCAAAUGUCCCUAAUGCUGCUUAUGCUGGUGCUCCACCAGGUGGCCCCAGGAGUUCAUGGCCUGCUCAGGCUGCCUCUGGUUAUGGGUCUAUGGGCUAUGGGAAUACUGCUCCUUGGGGCGCUCCAACUGGUGGUGCUGGAUCUGGUGGUGGUGGCCCUGGUUCAGCAACUGCAGGUCAAUCCCCUAGUGGAGCUACUGGAUAUGGGAAUCAAGCUUAUGGAUAUGGUGGGUACGGUGGGUAUGGGGGAAGUGAUAGUUCUUAUGGAAAUCCAGGUGUGUAUGGUGCUGUUGGAGGGCGCACUGGGAGUACCCCAAAUAGUAAUGCCAGUGGUCCUGGUGGGAGUGAGCUACAAGGUAGUGGUGGCAGUGGUAGUUAUAUGGGUAGUGGCUAUGGGGAUGCAAAUGGAAAUUCAGGUUAUGGAAAUGCAGCUUGGAGAUCUGAACAAGCUCAAGCAACUGGAAAUUAUGGGACUCCUCAGGGAAAUGGCUCCCAUGGUGGGCAAGUUGGUUAUGGUGGAGGCUAUGGCGGUGCUCAGUCUCGACAAGCCCAACAACAGUAAUUUUGGUAGUUAUAUCUCUUGCUGGAUCUUGAACUAACCGGAGGAUCCCUGCCUUUAAUCUUAUAUCAUGAGCUCAUAAUGAAUUCUUCCAGCAAAGGAACGACUCUAUGUUCGAUGUCAAUGCACAAUGGGACUGGUUGGGUUCCUUGAAUCCCACUAGUUUGCAGUUUCUGCUUUCCUAGUUUAUAAUAAGUAGUAUGGUUGAAGAGAUACUAGAUGAUACUUUCUAUUUAGUAUUCAUUUCUGCGUGUAGUUUUAAAUUGCGUGCUUUUGGUUUUAGUUGAUCUGGAGUUCUCAGUUCUUGUAGCAUUUCAGCUAUAGUAUUAUACUUAACCUAUAUGAUGGUUUGAUGCUAUUAUUUA